CUUUUCUUGCUGCAGCAAGACCCUUAGCAACCUUCAGAGGCAGCGCAAUCCGGGAGGGGCACCUUCACGACCGUGCAGCUGCAGCGGCUUGAACCAUUGCGAACCCGAGUCCAGCGAGUCCCUGCGAGCCCCUGCGAGUCCCUGCGGUCUGCACCAUGUCCUUUCUGUCUGUCAGCAGGGCAGCCCACAGGCUGCUCAACACGAGGAACGCUGCCUGCACCCUCGUUGCUGCUAGAAAUGCAAGCUCUUCAACGAACCUGAAGGACGUCCUUUCGGAUCUCGUUCCCAAAGAGCAGACCAGAAUCAAGAAAUUCAAAGAGCAGCAUGGGAAAACUGCCAUCGGACAGAUCACAGUCGACAUGGUGUAUGGAGGAAUGAGAGGCAUGAAGGGUCUGGUGUAUGAGACUUCAGUCCUGGAUCCUGAUGAGGGCAUCCGUUUCCGUGGCUCCAGCAUUCCGGAAUGCCAGGAGCUCCUCCCCAAAGCUCCGGGAGGGGAGGAGCCUCUUCCCGAGGGUCUGUUCUGGCUGCUGGUGACCGGGCAGGUCCCCACACAGGAGCAGGCGAGCUGGCUGUCGAAGGAGUGGGCCAGGCGGGCGGCCCUGCCCUCCCACGUGGUCACCAUGCUGGAUAACUUCCCCACCAACCUGCACCCCAUGUCCCAGUUCAGUGCCGCCAUCACCGCGCUCAACAGCGAGAGCAGCUUCGCACGCGCCUACUCUGAGGGGGUGAACAAGAGCAAGUACUGGGAGUUCAUCUACGAAGACUCGAUGGACCUGAUCGCCAAGCUGCCCUGCAUCGCUGCCAAGAUCUACCGCAACCUGUACAGGGAGGGCAGCAGCAUUGGAGCCAUCGACCCCAGUCUGGACUGGUCUCACAACUUCACCAACAUGCUGGGAUACAGCGAGGCCCAGUUCACUGAGCUCAUGAGACUGUACCUGACCAUCCACAGUGACCACGAGGGGGGCAAUGUGAGUGCCCACACCAGCCACCUGGUGGGCAGCGCCCUGUCCGACCCCUAUCUGUCUUUCAGCGCCGCCAUGAAUGGGCUGGCAGGGCCGCUCCACGGGCUGGCUAACCAGGAGGUGCUGGUGUGGCUGACACAGCUGCAGAAGGAGCUCGGUGGGGAGGUGUCUGAUGAGAAGCUGAGAGAUUACAUCUGGAACACCCUCAAGUCUGGCCGGGUGGUCCCGGGAUACGGUCACGCCGUGCUGCGGAAGACUGACCCGCGCUACACCUGCCAGCGCGAGUUUGCCCUGAAGCACCUCCCCAACGACCCACUGUUCAAGCUGGUGGCUCAGCUCUACAAGAUUGUGCCCAACGUGCUGCUGGAGCAGGGCAAGGCCAAGAACCCCUGGCCCAAUGUGGAUGCACACAGCGGGGUGCUGCUGCAGUAUUAUGGGAUGACGGAGAUGAAUUACUACACCGUGCUUUUCGGGGUGUCCCGCGCGCUGGGGGUCCUGUCCCAGCUGAUCUGGAGCCGAGCCCUGGGGUUCCCCCUGGAGAGACCGAAGAGCAUGAGCACGGAUGGACUGAUGAAGCUGGUGGGGGCGACGUCCGGUUAAACGAGAGGGGGGGUGGGCGGGGGGGGGGGGGUCUGGGGAGUGAGCCGUUGGACAAGCAAGCAAGCAAACCCAUUUGACAAAAUAACGAGAGGGGGGGAAUCAGGAGCCUUCAGUUAGUGACAGUACGCUUUUUAAAAUGUAACUGUUUAUUUUGUUUGUUUUUUUAUAAAGGAGGGUCUUUAUCAGACUUUAUGUAAUCUAUCGGAAGUGAAUCAGCUCUGGGCUGGUUUAAUCAGAACAAGCUAAUUGAAGUGAUUGCGGCCGGGGUUGGUUUGCUCUGCGUGGACAAUGAGAGCCGCUCUGUACUGUACUGUAUUUAUUUGCAAGCCACAGGUUAGUUGGUUUUCCGUCAUUAGCUGUUUGCAAAGCGACGGCCGGCGCUGGCGUGCGUUGCAGUCGUGUUUCCGCUCCUCACCCAUGUCCUCUGGGUGCGGGGUGCUUAGCGUGUGCUUGCCGUGUGUGGAUAUCCAGCGGUCUCCAGUGCACGCUCCCAAUACCACAUGUGAAGGAGUCCAGAAACCAACAUGGACAAAAAAAACUGAUACCUCUUAUUAAAAUAAACGGGGUCUGUACUGAACCCUGCUCCCUGUGUCGCUCCCUAAUAAAACAACCCUUCAGACUUUAGCCAGCGAUUUCUCAUGCAGCUUUUCCUUUUUGGAUUGUGCAGCCGUUGUGGGCUGAGGCAGCCUCGCCCGGGGGUUAGCUUGUCAUGCCCAUGCAGCUGUACGCCGGCAACACCUGGAAACCAGGUCUUUCUCUCUCUCUCUGUUUUAAGCCUGGGCAGACGAGUGCAGAAUUGAAAAAAUAAUAACUGACAAUUUGAAUGCAAUUGAAAGCAGCGCUGCUGAAUUUCUUUUAAAACGUUAACCCUAAACAGUGGGCUUGGGAAACAUAUCCUGGGCAGCAAAGGGUUAAAGACCUAUUUGCCUGUUCUGUCAGGCAGGGGGCGCUGUGGGGUGCUUGCUGCAGUACCGUGGCUAGUUUCAUUGGCUAAAAGGUUUAUGAUGUCACUUUAGUGCAGGGAGGGGUGGCUUUUGAUAUAGGAACACGCUGGGGGGGUGCACAGUAAUAUUAUAAAGUAAAGGUAUCGAUGAGCACAGAGGUGUGUUGCAGAACCUGGUUCUAAUCCUCCGUCACAGUUAUACAAACUCGCUAGACAGCAGCAAUGUCUUUUUGUUUAUGUAUUUUAUUAUUAUUAUUAUUAUUAUUGUUGUUAUUAUUAUUAUCAUUAUUACUUUUUUGUCGUCUUGCUGCUACCACUAAAGAUACAGACACAGCUGGUGUUAAGAACAAAACAAAAAAUAAGACUGCUGAUUUUGAGGUUGUGGGAUUGCAGCUGGUCGUGACUCCCGUCUCCUCUCGUGAUAGGAGGACGAGGUGUCCUCGGGGGGCUGUGGUGGAUAAUUCCUGGUUCUAGUGGUGGAGCACACUGUUGAGAAUCGCAUGAUUUGGAAUCGCUUGCUCGUAAUGUGUGUGGUGGUGGUGUUUUUUUUUUGAUAGCUUGUAUACACUCCUGCUUCCUUUUAAGCACGCCUCACAGUAAAGACUCUUCUCCGAGCUCUUUAGCUCUUUCUGUUUAGUGUUUUUAUUUUACUUCCAGACCCUGUUUUAAGGCUGCAGCUGAGAGUUGAUCGCUGGCUCUCUCUCUCUCUCUCUCUCUGCUUUGUGUAUUAAUCUUUGAUUUUGUGUAAAUGGGUUUGAUCCCAAACCUCGGCUUGUUCUCAAUAAAAACAAAACGGGGGUUUGGGGGAAGAGAAGAAAGAUGAGAAAAAAUAAAAACAAAUAAAUGUUUUUAGUAAUGGC